UCUUCUGUUCUACUCUAAUUCCAAUUGUAGUCUAUUCUAUCUUCUGAUACACAGUAGGGGUUCAGCUGAUAACAGAUUUCAUGAAGUAAUUCAGUACCCAUUGUGUUGCUUACCAGGACUCCUCCUUCCCAGAUACAUAAGGGAGUAAAAAGGAUUUUAACUCAGCCCUCUGUAAAAUAAUAACCUAUUGCCUCCUUUUUUCCUUUUGUUUGUAGAAUCAGAGGGCAUAAACCAAAGUCCAACAAACAGCACCCAAUCAGGAUAGAAAAAUUUACAGAUUUACAUUUUACAGCACUCCUAAAUAGAUUUAUGUGUGGGCCAUGUGAUGAGGGCUGGGCCAGCAGCCCUUCCUGCUUUCUGAGGCAGAGAUCAAGAUUCCUCUGCUAUGCAGAUGGGAGAACGUAGUUUUCAGGGCAGAGUUUCUCUCAUUAAAUAAAGCAGACCAAACAGAUCUGACACAGAAAACUCAAAAGGAGGAAGGGAGAGUUUUUGCUGUUGUCCCAUUCUCAGCUCAGAAGGGGAAGGAGCAGGAACAGAAGAGCUUGCAAAUUUUUCCUUGUGAUGAAGAGAGAAGUUAAAACAUGGCUGUUCCUACCGACCAAAACCUCUCUCUGAGGUCUGUGUCCUUAACUGCUCAUCUAUUCUCAACUCUCUGCUACCAUCGUCUAUACGACCAUGUUGUUGGAGACAAAAUGGAAGAACAUCCGCCAGGCCUUAUUGCUUCUUUUCACCGCUGCUCUUCUCGUUGGGGUCAUCAUGCUGGCUAUUUCAUCUACCAUCAAUCCAGUAGGCUACUUCUUCCUAGGGGUUGGGGGAGUGUGCCUGGUCGGCUAUUUGCUGAGUGUGUUUGCUGAGUGUUACUUGAAGAAUCAGCAACGUCAUGAUGCAAAUGAGAUACCUCCAAACAGACAAAGCCAAGCAGAGGUGAACACUGCCUAUGAAGCACCCACCUAUGAGGAGGUAAUGACCAUGUCAGCUCCACCAAUAUGGACAAUUGCAUCCAAUCCAGCCUUAGUGCCCUCACCACUACCACUGAAUGAGCCUCCUCCUUACAAUGCAGUUAUGGAAUCAUCUGCCCAAGAAGAGAUUAGGGUGGAUGCUCUCAGGGUCUCAGAGUCAUCAGACACAAGGCAUGCCCAGGAGACAGACACAGGCUCCAGAAUGCCGUUGCAGCUGGUGCUACCCCCAAGACUGCAGCGGUUUGUUUCAGACAUCCACGAAGUGAAAGGUAUUGAAGACAGGUUUGAGCCACUGGAGCCACUCACUCCACCACCUGCUUAUGAGAGUGGCAUCAACGGUGAAGUAUUUGAAGAUGCUUUCCAGCCCUCCGUAGUAUGAUUAAUUUCACCUUCUAUGAACUCAAAACCAAACUCUCACCCCAAUACAGGGUGCUCCUGGAGGGAAGGUGAAAGAGCUGAGAUUUUUCACACCCAAAACUGUAGAAAUUUGUCUCACCAUUCUUUGAACCAGAGCUGAUCUACAGACACAGCUUUUGAUCUCACUAGAAUCUUUUUGCUCAAAAUAUAAAUCAAUGUAAUACCACAAUGCUUUUGUCGUGGCAAGCUACAUAAAAAUCCCUGUGAGGAAAGUUGUGUUAUACACAGCAACAAUUUUCAAACUGGAGAUACAUCUUAUGGAGGAGAAGAGUGAAUCAUGAGAAAAAGCAACGUUUCCAAAGGACCUCUGUAAAAUGACUGUAGGAUGCAGCGAGAAGAAUCUGCCUUGAAACAGGGGGGAGCAGAAACAGCACUAAGGAGGUUCUGUCUGUGCAUCACAAAUAGCAGUACUGCUGAGAGCUGUGCGAUCAUCAGCCACCCUAAAAUCCCUACAGAGAGGCUGAGGAUGCAGUUCCCUGAGCUGCUACUUUGCAGCAAACAAAUUUAUGGUCUCUGCCAUUUGUUGCUAUCCCUCUGCUGCUCUCGCUCCAUGUCUUCAGCUGUGCUGCACAAGAGCGUGACUAAGGGGAGGGUGGUUGUUUUUAUCUGGAAGCCAGCACCACCAUGCCUAUCACUUGGGGUUGAAAACCUGAUGCGAGCAUGGCUCCAUAAAAUAUUUCUGUUGUUCACAAGGUUCUCAUCCCAUACAACCUGCAGUGGUGGACAAGAGGGAGAUAAUAUCAGUUCUUCCCCUGUGCAAUACAUGCAUAUGUGUGUAUCCUCUGUUUAGACCACAAGUCUUUGCAGCUCUACAAGAAGGUGUAUUCCUCUGCUGUACAACAGCCCUGAACAGAUCACUUGAGACACUUCAUUGUCAUGAUGGCAAACAUUUUUGCAGAAAGGUCAAUGCUCCUCCAGUUCCCCAUAAUGACAUUAUGCCCAGAGGCUUCUCUCUGGACUCUGUAAAGGGCCAGUCUGUCUGUCUGGGCCGCAGCUGCAGCACAGAGCACCUGAGAACAGCAUAUGCAAUCUCCAUUUUGAUGGCUCUAGGUUGGAGCCAGGUUCUAUCUCUCUCUCACUGAUCAGUGAUGUUGUGUGGUCUUUUAAAAUGAGUGAGUUAAGGUGAUGAGCUCUGCAGCAUUAAAAAUGGUCUGCAGUAUGCAAAGACAAUUAUGUCAGGUGAAUGUCCAAAUACAAAAAAAAAAAAAAGAAAAAGAAAUAUGGUGGUCCGAAUCUCCUUUGAAGGAGAGCAGCCAUCAUUACAGCCCUGUUUCAUACAACUGUAUCGUUUUUAGUUCAUAUGAGGAACUAUCAAACCAUAGGCUACAAGGAAAUAAAUUAUUUCUUAUUGUUUGAUGCUUUACAGUUCAAAGAAAAAAAAAGA